AUGAAAAACAAUUCGAUAAUAGAAAAUAAAAAUUCUGCCACGGGGAGUAAUCCAUUAGAACAAUUUGUUCUUUUGGCUAAAAGUACAAAAGGAGCAGCUGCUCUAGAGUUAAUUAAACAAGUUUUGGAAGCGCCGGGUGUUCACGUUUUCGGAGAAUUAUUGGAUAUGCCAAAUAUUCUAGAGCUUGACAAUGGGCCACACUCUAAUUAUUUCAAUACUCUUAACUUGUUUGCUUACGGCACUUACAGGCAAUAUUUAAAUAAUAAAAGUAAAUUUAUCGAACUGACGGAUAUUCAAAAGAAAAAACUUCAACAUUUGACAAUAGUCACAUUAGCAACUAAAAUGAAAUGCAUACCUUAUUCUGUAUUACUUCAAGAGCUCGAUGUGAAAAAUGUUAGAGAUUUAGAAGAUUUAAUUAUAGAAGCAAUUUAUUCUGAUAUAAUUCAAGGUAAAUUAGAUCAAAAAAACAGUCAACUUGAAAUUGAUUAUGCCAUAGGAAGAGAUAUUAGACCAGAAGAUAUUGGAGCAAUUGUAAAUACUCUUCAAGAAUGGUGCGAUUCGUGUGAAGCUGUUUUAGCAUGCAUCGAAUCUCAAGUUAAUAAAGCGAAUAAUGAAAAAAAUCAAAAGAUAAAACAUAGGGAAGCCAUUGAACAAGAAAUUGCUAAUAUUAAAAAAACACUUAAAACAAAUGCUGUAGAAAAUGAUGAAACAAUUAAUAAUGAAUCUAGAGAAGCUUUGGCGCAAACUGGAGAGAAAACGAAAAAACCAGUGGUUAAAUCGAAAGGUACUAGAGGAAGCAGUAAAUUUUGGCAACCUAAAUCGUAA